AAAGAGUUUAGGGCUACUUUCCAAGAAACGCACUCUCAGAACAACCAAAUCUCACCAAACACACACACACACACACACACACACACACAUUCACUUUCUCUUUCUCUCUCUCCGAACAGAAAACGCAGGAAAAAUCACAAAAAGAAAUUCUUUCUCUUUUUUGUUUUUAUCUUUUGUUUUUCUUUCCAUUUUCUUUUCUUAUCUCGGGUGUUUAAGCGCCAUGUAUGGCGAUGGGAAUAGAGAUGAGGAAGUGAAAAUGGAAGAGAAAGAGAGUGCAGAGAGAGUGGUAUACAUGUGGGGUUAUCUUCCUGGAGCUUUACCUCAUAGGUCUCCGCUUUUAUCCCCUACAGUCGUACGGACUCCUGCUUCUUACUCUUGGAGGGAUGUUUGUGGUGGAGGUUGCGGUUUCGCCAUGGCCAUUUCUGAGUCUGGGAAGCUCAUUACAUGGGGUUCGACAGAUGAUCUAGGUCAGAGCUACGUCACAUCUGGGAAGCAUGGGGAAACUCCAGAACCUUUCCCCCUCCCAACUGAAGCUUCUAUACUCAAGGCUGCAGCAGGUUGGGCCCAUUGUGUAGCAGUUACAGACAGCGGAGAAGUUUACACAUGGGGAUGGAAAGAGUGUGUUCCGUCGGGUAAGGUCUUUGGAGAUCCAUCUGUGGUAGGAAGCUUUGAAAAGGAUGUAUUUGAAAGGCAGAGCUCUUUCUUGACAGAGCAAGUUAGCCCUCGCUCUCAAGGUUCACGUUCAAGUGGCACUAUUGUUUCUAGUACUGAUGCUAGAGGAAGUGGAGAGGAAAAUACAAAGAGAAGAAGAAUAUCUUCAGUAAAGCAAGCAGCUGAAAGCUCAUCAACUGGGGAUGAAACUCUCUCUGCAUUGCCAUGUCUUGUGGCGCUGACCCCAGGAGUUAGAAUAACUUCAGUUGCAGCCGGCGGACGCCAUACUCUAGCAUUAUCAGAUAUAGGACAGGUGUGGGGUUGGGGCUACGGUGGUGAAGGACAGCUUGGUUUAGGCUCCCGGAUACGCAUGGUGUCCUCUCCUCAUCCCAUACCUUGCAUUGAAUCCUCUGCUUAUGGAAAGGACAGAUCUGCAACAAUGUCUCGAGGAGGCACAGCUGAGGGACCGGGUUACAGAGCUCCUGGAAGUUACGUGAAGGGGAUUGCGUGUGGAGGACGACACAGUGCAGUAAUCACAGAUGCUGGAGCACUUCUUGCUUUUGGAUGGGGGCUCUACGGACAGUGUGGGCAAGGAAGUACAGAUGAUGAGUUAAGCCCGACUUGUGUAUCUUCCUUACUGGGAAUCCGUAUUGAGGGUGUCGCUGCAGGACUGUGGCACACUGUCUGUAUAUCCGCAGAUGGUGAUGUUUAUUCAUUUGGGGGGAAUCAGUUUGGACAGCUGGGAACUGGAGCUGAUCAAGCUGAGACUCUACCGCGACUUUUGGAUUCUCCAAGUCUGGAAAAUAUGCAUGCAAAAAUUAUAUCUUGUGGGGCUCGUCAUAGUGCCAUAAUCACAGCGGAUGCCAAAGUUUUCUGCUGGGGUUGGAAUAAGUAUGGCCAGCUUGGCUUGGGGGAUGUAAUUGACCGCAACAUUCCUUCUCAAGUUGUUAUCGAGGGUGGUAUCCCUAGAAACGUGGCUUGUGGUUGGUGGCAUACCCUUCUUCUAUCAGAAUCACCUACUUGAGUUCCUAAUAAUCCAAGAGGCCUUGGCACAGUUUUGUUAGCAAAGCGAAGAAUGGUUGUUUUUCAAUCAAAGUGGAAUGAAGCAGAGAAUAUAUAAUAGAUGUUCCUUAUUUCUUCAAUGCAUUCCUACAAAGAAAUGUUGGAUGGAACUGAUGAUUUCAGAUUCCUGGCAGCAAGAGGUUAUAAAUCCAGUAUUCGGAACUGUGAUUUGAUAUUUAUAAUCUGGAUGAUGCAGCUACGAGAUAAAUUUAUACUAGGCUUUGAUUAUAUUACUGAUUUUGUUAUUAUGGUGGCGGAGGUUUUGAUCUUUGUCCCUAUUUAAUUCCAUGUGAUUUAAAAGGGUUGCUGGUAGGCAACAAUUGUUUCAAGGUUCAUAUAAUAAGAUUUCAGCAAAGAAAGAAGUGAUAUAGUAUAUAGUAUUGGAGCUCCA